UGAUGAUUAUGAACGGAAAUGAGUACGAACUCAAAUGAGCGGAAGUCAUGUGAUCACGUGAGGACAAAAUGGCCGACAACUAGGAAAUUUCGUUGGCAUAUCUCUGUGCAUUUUUGAUUUGUAGAAAUUUUGACCAACAGAUUCAGUUUACCCAGGUUCACUGUAAAAAAUGGCCGAGUUUUGGUUGAUAUCUGCACCCGGAGAUAAGACGUGUCAGCAGACGUUUGACAAACUGAAUACUGUAACAUCCCGACAGAACAAUCUGUCUACAAACUACAAGUUUAACCUACCAGAUCUUAAAGUUGGUACACUUGACACGCUAGUUGGAUUGUCAGAUGAUCUAGGAAAACUUGACACAUACUGUGAAGGAAUAACAAAGAAAGUUGCUGGUUACCUUGGUGAAGUUCUUGAUGACCAGAGAGACAAAUUGCAGGAGAAUCUUCUAGCUAACGGAGUCGACUUGAAUACAUACCUGACAAGAUUUCAGUGGGACCUGGCAAAAUAUCCGAUCAAACAGUCAUUGAGAAACAUAACAGAAAUUAUCUCUAAGCAAGUAUCACAGAUAGAAGCUGAUUUAAGAAUAAAAUCUUCAUCAUACAACAGUUUGAAGGGCAAUCUGCAGAACCUGGAAAGGAAAGCAACUGGAAAUUUGAUUACACGUUACCUGGGAGAUAUUGUAAAGAAGGAACAUUUUGUGUUGGAUUCUGAGUACCUAGUUACACUGCUUGUUGUUGUUCAGAAGUCAUUCAUUUAUGACUGGAAAUCCAAGUAUGAAACUCUCACAGAUAUGAUUGUUCCUAGGUCAUCCAAUGUAAUAUACGAGGAUGAUGAAAAUUGUUUAUGUACAGUUACAUUGUUCAGACGAGUUGAGGACGAGUUUAGACAGAAAUGCAGAGAAAACAAAUUUGUGGUGCGUGAUUUCACAUAUAAUGAAUCGGAGCUUGCAGCUGGGAAAAACGAGAUCAAGAAACUUGAUGCUGACCGAAAGAAACAGUUUGGCCCACUAGUUAAAUGGUUGAAGGUUAAUUUUGGGGAAUGUUUCACAGCCUGGAUUCACACCAAGGCAUUACGUGUAUUUGUUGAAAGUGUUUUAAGAUAUGGGUUACCUGUAAAUUUUCAAGCAAUGUUAUUACUGCCACAUAAAAAGACACAGAGAAGAUUACGAGAUGAACUAGGAAGAUUGUAUGAGCAUUUAGAUAAUACUGCAUUGACAGGCAUAGAGACUGGUACUAUGGACAUUCCUGGGUUGGCUGGUAUGGGCGCCGACUACUAUCCUUAUGUCUUCUACAAAAUCAGCCUCGAUCUUGCUGACCCAUUACAUCGCUGAUGAUAACCAAUGUGUAGUUAAACAGAAAGGACUUUAAGCAAACUUGUAUAAGUACUGUUUAAAAAAGUAGAUGUUGAAUUAAGUAGGAUACCUUUGUUAAAAUAUCCAUGAAACAAACGUUUAGUGCAGCUGACUUCAACAGAAGAUGGAGGAUAUAAAAUUCAAAAUGCAGAACAGAACAAACAUUUGUGAAAUUGUGAAAAUUUGUUAAAACAUUUGCAAAUGUGCAUUUUUUCAUUUACAUAAAAUUUAAAAAUGUGACAGACAGUAUGUAAGAACAAGGCAAUCAUGUUGACUUUACACAAUCUGUUGUUUUAAUAACAGGCAAUAAUUAUGAGAGAAAUAUAUGAAUGUUUUCAUAAUGAGAUAUUACAAAUGUUUUCUCAAAGGUAUAGCUGCUAUCCUUGUACUGAAGAAAAAUCCAACAUUUGUCUAUCCCAGUUGUUGUCUUAUUGUAUAGUUGAGGAAAUAUUUUUUGUGACUCACUCACACAAAAUGAUAUUGGACUUUGCUUUUUUUUUUUACAAUUUAACAUUUUACUUAAUUGAACUGACUAAUACAGUAAACUGCAGUAAUUAUUUUGGGGAAAUAUUUUUAUGUGGAGUUUUGGACAUGUAGCAUGAAAUGAAGUCCCAGUGAAGACAAGAACAACAACAAAAUUCUAUUAAUGUUUCAAAUUAUUGAAAUUCAUUAGUUUCUGUCCCUAUGAAAUCCAUGUAUAACCUUUAACCUGCUUAAUUUCUAUAAUGAACUUGUACAUCUUUCAAUUUGGACAGUACCAUUACCUGUUAAAAGGGGUGCAUACCAAGAAGAUACUGAUUGAAUGACGAACAGUGCAGAUCAGGAUCAGACUGCAUGGAUGUGCAGGCUGAUCAUGAUCUACACUGGUCGCAAAGGCAGAAUCAAUCGUGUUGAGCAUGAUAAGGGUUAAAAACCCUGCUGUAGCGAACAAAAUAACAGUUGCACUGUAUACUGUGGGAGUGAUGAUACCUCAGCUGAGCUAUUAUUGUAAACUACCUACAUUUUGGGUGUCUAACAAUCAUCAGUAUUCGUAUCAACCAUUUAUGUUUUUUAUAGUUAAUACAAGCAUAACAGUUUUAAUGUGCAUUGUGUCUUUUGUUGUUAUUGUGAGGGAGUCACUUAAAAUUAAUGUAAUGUUAUGUAAACAGGAUGAAUAGGGUUUGUUUAGAUUUUAUACUAUAUUCUGUAGAUAGAAGCAAUUUUAUACAAUGUUGCCAUCGCAGAGAGAUACAAGUAAUGUUUUUUAUGUAAGAGAGGUUGAGGUUUUAAAAGAACUUUGUUCAUAUAUAAAUAAACGUAAGCAAAAAAACUGAAAUAAACCAAGUGCAGUGAGCUGCUUAUAAGUUUACAGAUUUUAAAGUACCAACAUCAGGUUUUAAAAGUGUUAUAUGUGCAUGUACGUCUGAUUUAGUUAACACACCAUUUUUCAGAAAUUUGACAUGUCAGGCAUUUUUUUGAAAUACGUAUAAUUUAAUGGAAUUCCUGUACUUAUGCAAGCCUGAUCAAGAAUGAAAUAUUAACCUCUGUAUCGUAAUGGAUGUAAUAUUUGAGAUGGAUGUUUUGUUUGUUCAUUCCAUGCACCAUUGGUAUUGUUGGGAACAAUUAAUGAACAAUGUGUCAAAAGUAAGUUCACAGAAUUUUUACAGUAGAUGUUUAUUUGUAUCUCAUAUAUAUUAACAAUUUUCUUCGAUCAAAAUCAAGCCCAUCCACUUAGCUCAAUAGAGAGAGUGCAGAUCUACAGAUCAUGGGGUCAGGAGUUCGAACCCCGGGCAAGGCCUAUGUUUUUCGUGGUGAUUUGAUAAGCAACAUUGUGUCUGAAAUCAUUCGUCGUCCACCUCCGAUUCAUGUGGGGAAGUUGGCAGUUACUUGUGGAGAACAGGUUUGUACAAGUACAGAAUCCAGGAACACUGGUUAGGUUAACUGCCUGCUGUUAUGUAAAUGAAAUACUGUUGAAAAACAGCGUUAAACUGUUAGACAGUUGAUAAAAAUCAAAUGUUCAAACAAUAAUGGAUUUCUGUACUUAGAAACUGAGUGAAAGAUUUAAUAAUUUCAUCAAAAUACAUGCUAUAUAGAUUAUGACUUCACACCAGUAUGAGUAUAAAAUAAUGUUGAAAAAAGUUUCAGUGAUCUGUGAUUAAUUGCAUUACUUUAUAUGAAAAUAUUUACAUUGAUUAUUUUGUGAACUUUGUUUUGGCUCGUUAAUGAAGAUCUAUGAAAGUAGAUCUUGAAUGUAUUUCGAUCUAGUCAGUAUCAUACAUUUUAUUUUGUUCAGAAAUGACAGUUUGAGUUCUCACAUUAUUGAAAUCCAAAUUUAUGUUGGUAAGAGGUUUCAGAACUGUUCAUCAUGGGUGGGAUAAAGCACCUGUGUCUCAUAAUGAUAGUAGAAUUUUUUUCGUGCUUUCAUCGUAUAAUGAACUUGCAACAUUCUUAAAAUGGAGGCAAUUUUUCCUUCUUUAUCAUGGAACAAACCAGGAUCCAUGGUAACAAACCUAUCUUUGGAGACCAGUCUCAAAACAUGGAUAUCUAAUGGUGAAUUCAGAUUUAAAAUUAAUUAAAAAAAUUAAUAGCUGGCUGAUCACAAAUUCAGUUUCAAUCCUGCUGCCUAUAAAAAGGAUAUGAUUUUUUGAUUUUUGAAUGUUUCUGGAAUUCUUAAUAUUGCAGUUGAAAUUAAAAAUAAUGACAGACAAUAUAUUCAGCAGUCAUAUGACAAAUUUUACUUUCAUUUGCCUUAUCAGAAAUGCUUCACUUUUGUUCUGUUCUGUUUUGAAGUACUGCAAACUGGAUAUUUUUUCGUGUGUUUUUUUUGCAGGAUUUAAAUAAUCAGCAGCCUAUAUCACUUUUCUAAGAAACUUAUAACUGGAUAUAUUUCCAGGCCAAGUCCUGUUUAAUAAUCAUGCAUGUUUAAAAGUGGUAAAUCGCACAGGUUACAAAUAUUAGUGAAAAUAAAACGGUUGCAGAAAUUACCAACUCUACAGAUGAUCAAAAGAAAACUUGUAACGGGAUUCUAUUAUUUUGCAAUAGAGAAGCAAGGACAAUGCUGGUCACAUUGUGCUUGAAAAUAGGUGUAAACAAUUGUUAAAUAUAACCAAGAUAACAUAACUGUGAUUUCUGUUGUUUAUAUUGUACAGUCUUGAUGUACAUGAUAAUUUGUAUGUCAGUAUGUGUUUUACAUAGAAAGAGAAUGAAUUAUAUUAUUUCAAUAGCUUA